AUGCUCACCGGCCCAGAAACUCGUUACUCAAUGAUAGAAAAAUUGGUUCUAGCACUAGUGCAUGCAUCUCGGCGCUUGCGCAGGUAUUUCUCGGGCCACGUCAUCACGGUUCUCACAAAUUAUCAUUUAGGCCAAAUCUUAUCAAAACCCGAUGUAGCGGGAAGAUUGGCUAAAUGGGUUAUCGAGCUGGGAGGAUACAAUAUCUUCUACAAGCCAAGACCAGCAAUUAAAGGGCAAGUACUAGCAGACUUUGCUACUGAAGUGCCCAUCGAUAAAGUACAAGAAUGCGAGGCAAUCCAGAAUCCUACACCUGUUUUCGAUGACAGAGUCUGGACCUUGCACACAGAUGGCGCUUCCAACGAUGACGGAGCAGGAGCAGGCCUCCGAUUAGUCAGUCCAGACAAUCAUGAGCUCACAUAUGCCAUACGCUUAGAUUUCCAAAGUACCAACAAUGAGGCUGAAUACGAAGCAUUUUUAGCGGGACUUCAUUUAGCGCUCAAAAUGGGGGCAAGGAACCUCGAGGCCAAUGUUGAUUCAAAGCUUGUAGCCGAGCAAGUUAACGGUCACUACGAUGCAAAAGGUGAAGCUAUGGCAUUAUACCUUGAACAAACACGGAUGCUAAUCAGCCAAUUCCAGACAUUCAGGGUUAAACAUAUCAACAGAAGCGAAAAUAAGCACGCAGACGCGCUUAGUAAAUUAGCCGCUACCAGCUUCAAACACCUAGCAAAAGAAGUGCGCAUAGAAGUACUGUCUAACCCUUCAAUCCAUCUCAAGCAAGUGAACGUUAUAGAGGUCGGUAAUCCAUCCUGGAUGUCUCCGAUCAUCUUAUACCUACAACACGGGAAACUCCCGGAAGGAAAAGCAGAAGCGCGAAAACUCCAACACAAAGCGAUAAAUUACGAAAUGGCAGAUGGCGUCCUUUAUCGAAAGUCAUUCAUGGGACCAUUACUAUGCUGUGUCGACAAAACAGAUGCUCAAUACCUGGUCAGAGAAAUCCACGAAGGUUUAUGUGGAAUUCACGCGGGACCACGCAUGGUCGUAGCAAAAAUAAUGAACGCCGGAUACUACUGGCCAGGAAUGCACAUGGACGCAGUUGAUUUAUUAAGAAGAUGCGCAGCUUGUCAGCGCCAUGCACCAAAGACACUCCGACCAAAAAAUCCGCUAGUGCCUGUCACAUCCGCCUGGCCAUUCCAACAAUGGGGCAUCGAUCUUGUUGGCCCAUUCCCUGAUGCGCCAGGCGCAGUAAAAUUCAUCAUCGUAGCGGUCGAUUACUUCACUAAAUGGGUGGAAGCUAAAGCCUUGGCUUCAACCACAGCAAUGGUCAUUCGCAAAUUUAUAUGGGAACAUAUCAUUUGCAGGUUCGGAUUGCCAUUGCGCAUUAUCUCUGACAACGGCACAAACUUCGCCUCGGAUGAUCUUCAAAAAUGGUUCAAAGAAAUGAAGAUCGAGCAUCAUUUCGCCUCCGUCGCGCACCCACAAGCGAAUGGUCAAGUAGAAAGUGUAAACAAACAGAAUGUUGAUGGCAUAAAAGCACGGCUAGGGACAGCACGCAGAGGGUGGGUUGACGAACUCCCCAGCAUCCUCUGGGCGCAUCGAACAAUGCCAAAGACUAGCACAGGCGAAACUCCGUUCAGUCUAGUCUAUGGGUCUGAAGCCGUCAUCCCAACUGAGAUUGGCUUACCAUCACCACGCAUGUUAGCCAUGGAAAAAUAG